UAAAGAGGAAGUGUCUUUUUUAAAUUUCUGAGCUUCAUGGCAAUUAUUUCAGUACCCUCCACAGAGUUUAAAGGAACAAAACCAGCUUUCUUGAGCUUAAAAGACCCUUUGUCUCUUAACGCACUGAAGCCAAAAGCAUGGAGGAGAUAUCAUAUGUGAGCCGGCAAGAAGCUAUAGAAAUUGAUCACGUAUUGAUGGGUCCUCUUGGUUUUACUCUGGACCAGCUUAUGGAAUUGGCAGGCUUGAGUGUUGCCUCUGCAAUUGGAGAGGUCUAUAGUUCAAGUGAAUAUACUCGCGUGCUUGUUAUAUGUGGUCCUGGAAACAAUGGCGGGGAUGGUCUUGUAGCUGCUCGACACUUGCAUCACUUUGGUUAUAAUCCCUCCAUUUGUUAUCCAAAACGGUCCAAUGAAUUUCUUUUUGUUAGUUUGGUUACCCAGCUUGAAUCACUGUCAGUUCCAUUCUUGCCGGUGGAAGAUUUAUCCUUGCAGCUUUCAAGUGACUUUGAUAUUAUAGUGGAUGCAAUUUUUGGAUUCUCAUUCCAGGAUAGAGUACUCAGUACAGACAACCCAAGGCCACCGUUUGAUAGUCUCAUUAGAAGGCUGGUCUCCAUAAGAAACCAGCAACAGACACAUGAGAAACCAGCUGUUGUUAUAUCUGUGGACAUACCUUCCGGUUGGCAUGUGGAAGAGGGAGACGUCUGUGGUGAAGGCAUUGAACCUGAUAUGCUGGUCUCUUUGACUGCUCCAAAAUUGUGUGCCAAAAUGUUUUGUGGCCCACAUCAUUUUUUAGGUGGAAGAUUUGUUCCACAAUCCAUCAUAGACAAAUUCAAGCUAAAACUUCCAUCAUAUCCUGGCACUUCAAUGUGUGUUAGAAUUGGAAACCUUCCCAAUUUAUCAGCACAGAAGGGAAUAUUUGCAGCUUCUGCAUCUCUUGAGGUGGAGGAAGAUCCUAUUGAUCAGUUUCAAAAGUGGCUUGGUGAUGCAUUGGCAGCUGGCGUCAAAGAACCCCAUUAUAUGGUCCUAUCAACAUCUUGUAAAGAUGCAAAACCUUCAUCGCGAAUGAUAUCAUUGGAAGGAGUAAAGGAAGAUGGUUUUGUCUGGCACACCAACUAUGGGAGUCGCAAGGCUCGUGAAAUUUCUGAAAAUCCUCAUGCGUCACUUCUCUUUUACUGGGGUCCUUUGAAGUGCCAGGUAAGAGUGGAGGGAUUUGUGGAGCAAGUUUCUGAUGAGGAAUCUGAUCAAUACUUCUCUAGUCUUCCUCGAGAUACGCAGAUUAGACCAAUAGUUAGCAAGCAGAGCACACUGAUUCAUGAACGAGAGGGUCUCCAUCAACAAUAUAAAGAAUUAGAGGAGAAGUACCAUGACAGGACUUCAAUACCAAGACCCAAGCACUGGGGUGGCUACAGGCUUAUUCCAGAGUUUUUUGAGUUUUGGCAGGGAGAGGAAUCUCAAGUGCACCUCAAAUUACGGUACUAUGCGGAGGUGAUUGAUGGAAGAAGAGUAUGGAGAAUUCAUAGAUUGGUCCCACAAUUAGCAGAAUCAGCAUCUUCUUCAUGACUUGCCAUCUCUUUGAACUUAGCAAAAAUGCAUCAGUGCACGACAGGAGUUAAGCGAAUUAGAUCUUUUCUUUUCCUGUUUCCCCUUCUGAUUAGAUCUCUUUGUAAAUAUCUUUGUGCUGAUGUGCAUAGUAUGUUCCUUCUACUUCUAUCACAGAUGAAGAUUGUCUUUUGUUUC